AUGAACGCACAGAGCGCAGCGGUCCGUCGCACAACGCAGACACUCAACCACAUCCGCGGACGCCAUCAUCACGCCAUGGGCAGCCCCGUGCCAGCCGAUCCCCCCUGGCGGGCGACCUUCUUGUCCCACAUCCAGCGCAUGGAGUCGCCCGUCUUCGCCCUCAGCUCCCUGCGCCAGGUCGACCGCGCCUCAUCAUCAGCAUCAUCAUCACCAUCAACAACAUCGCCGUUGUCGUCGCAGCACGUUGCCGCCGCGCCCCGGGUCCGCACCGUCGUCUUCCGCGGCUUGUGGGCGGCGCUCAGCGUGAACCCCAAGAACCCCGCGGAGCGGAACCCGGACACGUUCACGUCGCAUCUGCCCACUUUCACGACGGACGCUCGCAUGGACAAGAUGCCCGAGCUGGAGGGGGAGUCGACGGCGGCGGCAGGGAGCGAUGGGGGACGCGGCGGAACCUACCAGUCUGGCGGCGGCGGCCUCGUCGAGGGUGUCUUCUGGGCCGAGGAGGACCGGACGCAGUGGCGCCUCCGGGGCCGAGCCUACGUUCUCGGGCCGGACAUCGACUCGGAGACGGGGGCCCCGGUGCGAGCCGCGCUGGAGCCGCACAUGCGGCGCGUCAACGGCGGCACGGCCGGUCCCUGGAGCUGGAGCCGCGAGGUGACGGCGCACUUCGGCAACCUGGGCCCGCUCAUGCGAGGAACGUUUCGGAACCCGCCGCCGGGGACGCCGCGCAGCCAGGAGCCCGGCCAGGGCCUGGGUCCGGGCCAGCGGGUGGAGGACCUCGAGGACGAGGUGGCGAGGCGCAACUUCCGCGUCGUGGUGAUUGUCCCUGACGAGGUCGACCGGGUGGACCUGUCGGACCCGGAAAAUGGCCGGAGAUGGAACUACAAGCUGGAGGACGAGGACGGCUCGGAUAGCUGGAAGGUGACGGAGUUGUGGCCGUGA